CCAACCGCUGGGCUCGAUGUGCUACUUGUGCUGUAUGUUUACUACAGUAUUAGUAAUAAGAGAACGCCAGUCUCUUGAAAACUGUGAACUCAGUCAGAAAAAAUUGCCUGUUAGUUUCUAUCGAGCAAGAAUCCCCCGAAGUCCAACAUGCCGAAGAGAAAGGGAACAGAUGAAGAGGUCAAAGAGGAGCCCCAGAGAAGAUCUGCAAGGCUAUCAGCGAAACCAGCUCCCAAACCAGAACCAAAGCCAAAGAAGCCAGUGAAGGACCUGUCCUUGCAGAAAGCUAAAGAGGUAAACAGCAAGACGGAAGAGAAGAAGAAGAAGGCGAAAGCAGAGGAGCCCAAGGAGGAAAAGCCUGAGAAUGGAGAGACCAAGACGAACGAAGUGGAAGCUCCGAAGGAACCAGAGAAAGAUGACACAGCAGCCGAGUAGCUCCGCCCUGCCUCGCCCCGCCCAGCCUCGCUCCGCCUCGCCCUGCCCCGCCUCGCCAACCACACAGCCCCCAACUCUCAUGUGGUUGCCCCAAAACAUCAAUUACCUUAUUAACAGAGGAAUAUUUUUAUCAAGAAUUUUGUAAUUAUUGGUACAGGUUUUUAGCACAAAAGCAAAAAAGCUAAAUUUGGAGGGUUUGUCUUUGUUAGGACGUAGUCACGUCGCUUUUAAGCAACAAUGAGUUUCUGUUUUGUGUUUUAUUUGUAUUAUGUUGGACACAGAAAGGAAAAUCGACAACUGGCAAACUAAUUGCAACUGGUGCAGUUUAUAUCACAUUGUGAGUUUACCAACUCAUAACAUUUGACUUUAGUAAGUUGUAUUUUUACCCUUAAUGUGCAGUGUUAUUCUUUAUUUGGGGGGUUGAUUUCUUUUAAAGUUGAUUAUCUGUAAGAAAGAGGAUUUAAAAACAAUUUCUGACAACAUUCCAGGCAUAAUAAAAGCAUGGAAUCACCUGCUUCAUAAUUUGACUGGCUUUAAAUUAAUUUCACAAAGAAAGAGACUUUUCAUGUAUACAGAAUGUUUUUGAAAACAAUUGUUAAAAACAUUUUUAACAGACAAUUCUGAUGACAAAUGUGAAGCUACCCACUGAAGUACUGGAGGUCUAAUUGGAAAUAAAUGCAGUUAUUGGAUUUUUCCUCA